GGGGGCGAUGUAGCGCGGUGCCGAAUGAAAGCUAACGCCGUCGAGAGCAAUGGGGACAAGUCUGGUUAUAACACCGUAACGUUUCUGUCACUGGUUAACCGGUUUCAUCUUAAGCAUGUUACGGACAUUGUGUCAGGCUGGCGGGUUCGUUUUUAAGAACUCCCAGCGGAUGGCGCCCAGACUUUGUGUCGCGCCGAUCCAGCAGCGAUGGGCCUCGCGCUUACCCAUGAACACCGUGGUGCUGUUUGUGCCGCAGCAGGAGGCCUGGGUGGUCCAGAGGAUGGGUCGCUUUCACCGCAUCUUGGAGCCGGGACUGAACUUCCUCAUUCCCAUACUUGACCAAGUUCGCUAUGUGCAAAGCCUUAAAGAGAUUGUUAUUGACAUUCCCGAGCAGUCCGCUGUGUCCCAAGAUAACGUGACUCUCCAAAUAGACGGAGUCCUUUUUUUGAGAAUCUUGGACCCUUUCAAGGCCAGUUACGGUGUGGAGGAUCCAGAAUAUGCUGUGACUCAGCUCGCUCAGACCACAAUGCGCUCAGAACUGGGCAAACUCACGCUGGAUAAAGUAUUCAGGGAAAGGGAGUCUCUCAAUUCCAACAUGGUCCACUCCAUCAACCAGGCGUCCGCCGAGUGGGGAAUCCGCUGCCUGCGCUAUGAGAUCAAAGACAUACAAGUUCCUCCCCGUGUUAAAGACUCCAUGCAGAUGCAGGUGGAGGCCGAGCGCAAGAAGAGAGCCACGGUGCUGGAGUCUGAAGGGACACGAGAAGCAGACAUCAACAUCGCAGAGGGUCGCAAACAGGCCCAAAUCCUCGCCUCCGAGGGGGAGAAGGCCGAGCAGAUAAACAAAGCAGCCGGUGAGGCCCAAGCUGUGUUGGCCAAAGCGGGAGCCAAAUCCAAGGCCAUUCGUCUGCUGUCGGAGGCUCUGGCCGAACAGAACGGAGGUGCGGCGGCGUCGCUGAGCGUGGCCGAACAGUACGUCUCCGCCUUCUCCAACCUCGCCAAAGAGUCCAACACCAUCCUUCUGCCCUCAAACACCGGGGACGUCGGUGGAAUGGUCGCACAGGCCAUGAGCAUUUACAGCAGGCUGGCCCAACCGAGUCCAAAGGAGAGCACAAAGACGGAGGCGGACGAGCCCGCGGCCCCGUCGACGCCGGCCCAGUAGCCGUGAACGCCGGUAAUGCUCAGGCUGCGGAGAGGAAGAGGUUCACCGCACAGAGCACAAUGGGCUGCGCUGUGUGCGCUCUGCGCCUGCGGCACAGGACGUCCUGUGACCGAGGGACCGCCGGCGGAUGAAGGGAGACGACGGUGCAGAGCAGGCGCAAGCCGGGAAACAUGAGCGCCUGAGCCACGGAUUAUGUCUCUUGUGUUGGUGCUUCCUCGUCUUAUGUGGCCGUUUACUGGCUCUGAUGUUGUGUAUAAAAUUAAAUAUUUUUUUUUUCAAACAAA